AUGGCACUCCUCCAAACCAUCCCCCUAGAACAUCUCCCUGAAACUCACACUCUACACAUUGCUCUCUACCGCAAUAUCCGCAACGCAUCCUUUUUACACCAGCAACUUCUUGGCGGGAAUACGGAUUUCGAAUAUGCAUUUAUUGAUGCUAGUGUUAUUCUUUCCAGAUUACAUGUUUUGGCGGCAGCGUAUAGGGCGAUUAAUGAUGCGUUGGAAAAUCGAUUGAAGAGUCGGAAUAUUCAUUCGGAAAUUGUUUUUUCGUUGAGUAUGAAUAACAAUAUCGCAGAAUCCUUCCGUCGUUUUGGUAUUACCCCCACCACCACCUCUCUCCUAAUCGUAAAAGUCGCUCCCGCAUCUUCCGCAGCACAAAUCUCCGCACAUCUCACAUCGGUGAUUGAAGGAGAAGCCGUGGCCUUUGAAGAUGAGGUGUUGAGAAGUAUAACUGAUGUGGCGAGGGUGAAAAAACUUUAUAAGUUGAAUUCUGGUGGUGGUGGGGGUGGUGGGAAGAAAGGAGGGAUGAAUGGUGUGAGCAGUGAAAAGGUAGCGGAUGAUAGGAAAGAGAAAGAGAAAGAGCUCGAGGUUAUGGUGUUGGGAGCUAUGGCUUUGAGAGGAGCUACUAAUUAA